AUGUCUACAGAGAAAGAGGUACUUACGGUACUCAAGGCUGCGCAGACUGGUCAAGCCGGGAGCAGCGCAGGGUCUGACCAAAAUAUGGGAAAAAUCUGGUUUUAUCUCAAAGAUCAGAGGCUUAAACACUGGUACUGUACGCGAGCCUCAGAGACGGUCCGAGAAAGUGCAAUUUUCCUUCAACGACUGCAUGCCUAUAACUCAGCUGCCGUCAAGGAAUGGCAAUCUAUACUUGCCGGUAUCAUCCAUGGAUGCUGGGAGUGCAUGCAGGCAUACCAGGCAUCUAAACGACGAUCGCGCGAGGUAUAUCUCGUGACAUUUGGGGAGAAAAUGUUGGACAACUUUUUCGAUGCCGUAGACAAGUGGGAGAUGGAAGUUAUUAUCCAAGGAUUGAAGAAUGAAGGACUCUCCCCUGCGGACAUCCAAGAUCUGAACAUGAUCCCCGAGGGAAUUUUAUUCCACAUAUUUGCGAAUCCGUCCUUGUGUGCCAAUAGCUCGUUGCUCGCACCUAUGGUUGCUAGAAACACCGGGAAAGAUAUUACAGGACUCUCUGGAAAGAUCGUUCCGGCUGGGUUUAUUGUACUCUCAGUUAAUGACGAUGAACGAGUUCGGAACUGGGCCAAAAAUCAACUGACAUUAUUCAAGGUCGAUGUAGUUCUAUCAGAUUUCCAUCUGUAUUACUCGCCGAUCUUCGAGGUCCUCCUCGGUCACCUUGGGGAUCGGGACUCGGGGGAAUUACCUUCUGCUUUUGGAACAAUCACACGAGGCAUUUCGAUAUGUGGCGAUCUUACACGUGCAAUGAGUAUAUUCCCUAGCAAUUUGCUUUUAAAUGGAAUUCCUGGAAAGGUGGUGGUUGCAGCCUUCAAGGAGACGGUCAAAUGGGCAGGAAACGUCGAAGAGUUACAUGCUGGCGUUCUCAAAUUUAUCGGAUACUUUCUCAGUGUUUUUGCUUCUGAAAUUUGGGCCAACACAUCCACUACCUACCCCGAAACUAUUUUCAAGAAUAUCACUAACAAUGGACGGCUGGCAAGAUUGAUAUGUUCGGAUACCACAGCUAAUUCGAGUAGCCGAGAUUCACUCUCUUGGAUCCAGGAUUUGUUGUUCGCAAUCUGGAGUCGCCCCCAAUCGAGAGGUCUAUUGGAAUCAGUGUUUGCCUACUUGGCGAGUCUGGUAUCCAAUUCUAACCUUGCGAACCGUGCUCGAACUCUUGCUAUGGACGUGUUGCGGGAUGGAUUCAUUAUGCUAUAUAAUACGCCCUCCAAAUCUGGCCAGUCGCACAAUGUUCAACUCACUGCUCUACGAGAAUCAAUUCUUCAUCAUAAAGCACCAAUAGUUCAGGCAGCAUUCCAGAACUCAGUCCCCACCUUACGCGACAGUUCUCGAUCACUCCUGGAGAACAUUUUCCAAUGCGAUUUGACCGAGCUAAACCAGCUCCGGUUCAAGCUCGCCGAAGCUCGUGCCAAAGCGCUCAAGAAAUCAGCGUUUAUAGAUGUACUCAAGGAGCCUUCAGAAUUCAGCCUACUUUGGAAAGAAGCUGUCGAACUGGCUGACCCGUCCGACGGGUCGAGCGUUGGAUUUCUUGCGCGUAUCAUGGCCAGCUCUGCACACAUAGACCUUCCCGUUCACAAAUCGUUGGACUUUGGUGCCGAUCGGGAGGGCAAGGAGACUGUUUCUAGGCUCCGUUUGUUUCUCAAAUCAACGCUUUCUGAUUAUCGAAUGGGGUUUGACACUGUAAUGGCUCGGUUCGCACUGGUCUGCGACCCGGACCAAAUGGACGACGACAUGAUGUCCAACGUGAUAACUUUACUAUUUUCACCCGUCCCAAAGCUUCACAAUACUGCACUAGAGAUGUUUGGCGAUUACGAUGGACGAAAGGCCUGUAUUCGAUUCGCGUUAAAAUGUCGACCUCAAGCGACCUUGCGCGGUGUUAUGGCAUUUGUCGAAGCGUUCAACCGAACUGCUGGAAAACUUAUCGAAGCUUGUUCAGCUGCGAAAUCACUCGUGCGGUGUUUUGUGGACGUCAUUGAGGCAUUGUGCGGCCCCGAGCAAGAUUCGAGUGCUGGCACUAAAAUUGAGGGAGAAGACUUCGACGAGGAUUCAGCUGCGGUUGGACUAUUGAACGACCCCGAUUUUGACGAGGCUGUUCGUCCGAUGUUAAAGCCUCUCUGGGCCAAUAUGUGCAAGGCUCUCGCACUCAUCAUUUCUAUGUGUCCUAUCUGGGCGGAAUUUUUUAAUCCUCAAGACAUGGUCGAUUGGAUGCGCGAUGCACUUAUAUUCGGGCGUCUUAUGCGGGCGCAUGUAGCAUCCUUUCAAGAGAGCCCUACAUCACAUCCUCAAGAGCCAUCGACAACAGGGUUGGAAACUAUGCGUAGUGUUCAGGAUGAACUUGUUGCCUGGUUCCGACUUACGGACUCUGAGUUGAUAUAUCAAGCAUACGAACUAAUGAUGUCGUUUCUGGAGGGUGGUCUUUGCCCCUCUCCUGUAUACCGGGAAAAGCUGGCGCGCCGACUUGAUAGAGCAGACACAGAUUUACCAAAGCCAAGGAUGGAAGCCAUGAAGGUUGCGUUGGACCGACUUGCACCACCGGCCGAAAAGCGAAAAGAGCCGGCGAAACUUGGGGACUCCAAUCGCUCAGCUCCGCCCACGAAGAUAGCGCGUGCCGAUGAUGUACUCGAUAUUAGCGACGAUGAGCGACCUACCACAAGCAAGCCUCGUCCAACAAAACAAUCAGCUUUGGAUGCAUUUAUUCAAAAGGGCUCGUCCUCUGGGUCAAGUAAACCAACUAAGUCCUCUAAGUCUAGUAAACUGAACAUCUCGACCAUCAAGCCCGCGCAAUCCAAAGCUCCAACCAAGCCCAAAGGAUCUUCUGGAAAUAGCGCCUUGGCGAAAAUGCGUGCUGACACUGUGGCGCGACAACAAACUGCAGCUCAACAGGCAAAUAUCCAAAAGCGCAACUCGGUCAAGACCGCCGCCAAAACCACUGGCAUGGUCUCUUCUUCCCCUCCCUCCUCUCGAAUACCUUCUUCCCGACCGCCUUCGUCUGCUAGUUCGCGAAAUGAGAUGGAUACCGAUUCUUCCUCCUCAUCUGAUGAAGAAGAAAAGCCAAGCCUGUCCACUCUGGCGCCAACUAUUGCUGCCAGGAAACCAGAGCAGCCUAAGCGCACUAUGGUCAUGAUUGAAGGUCCGCCAGCUUUGAGCGCCCAGCAAAAGCGACUACAGGAACUGAAGCGUCAACAUGACGAGAUGAAAAGACGAACGGCCCGCCUCAAGCCCAACCUCGAAGGCCUUCACGAACAGAUUCUGCGCUGGUCAAUCGAUCACGAUGGACCUCAGCCCCUUAGUAUUGGCGGUACCGUCCCAAAACCCAUUCGUGUUGUGCCCAAGUUCAAUUCCAAGAAACAAUACUUCGACGUAUUUCAUCCUCUCUUGAUCAACGAAUGCUGGAGCCAAAUAUUACAGUCGAAAGAGGAAGGCCUUAAGGACCCAAUCAUGUGCUUGAUUAUGACUCGCAGCUAUGUCGACAAUUUUACGGACCUCGCGUUCAAUAUUGUCGAGACGAUGCCAGAACGAUGGUAUUUGGCCGAGACUGAUAUUGUUAUCUUGCGUUCAUUGGACGGAGACCGGUCCAUCUUAGCCAAAAUAACCGGUUUCAAGCGUGGUAGUGCGGCGAACCAGAUUGCAACGGGUACAAUGAGGCUAUCGAUGGCUGCAGAGCAACGAGUCAAGGUUCAAGUUCAGGAAAAAUGGCACAUGUGCAAGAUAUACAGUUUAAGUACAAUUAACCGAGAAUAUGCUGCGUUAACGACAGCCGAAUACUAUGAUUUGAUCGACGAAGUCAUGUCAGCAACCUCAACCCGGUCUAACCCUCCCUCAGAACUACGCAUACAGGAAGCAAUGCGUGCACAUCGCUUGAAUGAGCCUCAAGCUAAAGCAAUCUCAGCUUCUUUGAGUACCAAAGGGUUCUCCCUGAUUCAAGGGCCUCCAGGAACUGGCAAAACGAGUACAAUAUGUGGACUUGCUGGCUCCUUCGUUUCCACGGCAAGAGCUGCAUUGGCGGCCUCUGGAGAAAAGGAGAAGGAAAAGCGACGACUGCUUAUAUGCGCUCCUAGUAAUGCUGCCAUCGACGAAGUAACAAAACGUCUUGCUGAUGGGGUGCGGGAUAACAAUGGGCAGCCCCUUACCCUCAAAGUCGUUCGCGUCGGAACAGAGUCAUCCAUGAAUGUCAGCGUUACGGCGAACUCCCUCGAUUCCCUCGUAGAUGAGAAGAUGGCAGCCAUGCCUAAGAGCUCUAAUACAAGCGCAACCGAUAUUGCUGUCCUUCGCCAGGAACUUGGAGACAUCAAACAGAAGAUCGACGCUAAACGAAAUGAACUCGACAACACUCCACCUGGCCAACGUCGCAUUACAUUGGAAAACGAAUUUCGUACCUUGAAAACCCAGAGGACAACCAUAACGAGUAAACUAGAUUCAGCACGCGAUCAACAAAGGAAUGCUAGCCGUGUUCUGGACGCUGCUCGCCGAAAGUUCCGACACGAAGUCCUUACCGAGGCUGAUGUGAUCUGUAGUACAUUGUCCGGAGCGGGCCACGAAGUACUAGAACCUUUCGAAUUUGAGACGGUCGUUAUCGACGAAGCCGCGCAGGCUAUUGAAAUCGCGACUUUGAUUCCCCUAAGGUAUGGCUGCAAGACCUGCAUCUUGGUCGGGGAUCCACAGCAACUUCCUCCAACUGUGAUUUCGCAACUGGCCAGCGGUCUGGAUUAUAAUCAAAGUUUAUUCGUUCGAUUGCAGAAACAAAACCCGGAUUCUGUUCAUCUUCUCAGUAUCCAAUACCGUAUGCACCCUACCAUCAGCGCCGUACCAAGUCGGUUGUUCUACAACGGGCGUCUCCAAGAUGGUCCAGACAUGGAUCAACGAACAAAACAAGUCUGGCAUACAUCUUCACUAUUUGGCCCGUACCAAUUCUUUGACAUUGCUCAAGGACGAGAAGAGGCGCAAUCAAAUCAUUCGCAAAUCAACCGUGGAGAAGCUGAUGCUGCAGUGACAUUGUACGGCCGGCUAACUCGAGAAUUCCGGACGACCAACUUCGAAUACCGUAUCGGUAUCGUAUCUAUGUACCGAGGCCAGGUUGCGCACAUGAAAAGUCGAUUCUCGGCCGCGUACGGUCCGGGGAUACUGAAAUCAGUCGACUUCAACACUGUUGAUGGUUUCCAGGGUCAAGAAAAAGAUAUCAUUAUCUUAUCUUGCGUUCGUGCGGGCACCAAUGUUCAAAGCGUUGGUUUCUUGGCAGACGAGCGACGCAUGAACGUAGCACUUACUCGGUCUCGCUCGUCGUUGUUCAUUCUUGGGCAUGCAGCGACCCUCGAGAGGUGUAAUGCGACAUGGAAGACUAUCGUUGAGGAUGCACGGACCCGGGGUUGCCUUCUUAAAUAUUCUCCAGAUAUGCAAUCCGCACCAGUGCAGAGAACAAACGUUGAUCGACCUAUACCCAAGAAAAAACCCAACGACGCCGCGACAAGGGUCAAAGCAGAGGUGAAGACAAAUCUGACGAAAGAAACGACUGCAGAUGCGACGAGCGAACCUACCACUCCCUUGACCAAUAUCUCCGGCCUAUCUUUGUCCGGUCCCGACGAUUCAGAGGCAGCAGCCACCUCCACUGCGGCACCUAAGGCUGUCACCAAACCGGAGGACUUCACCACGCCUGUAUCUCUAGCUGUGCCAAUGCCUCCAGUAGCCCUGGCCCAACGUACAAAGGACCGGCCCCCACUGGAGCAUGGGUUACCACCUAAGCCGGAGCCAACUGUGGCGGCUAUGGCAUCGUCAUCGAAUUCCUUACCCUCUAAACCCCAGCCGGCUCGUGCACCACCUAGAAAAAAGGCUGCUGUAUCCGCGUUUAUUCCCAAGGCUCAGCAAAAGAAAACCCAACUCGGAAAACAGUAG